AUUGCUCGUGAAAAAACAAAUUUGUUUACAAAACAUAUCAUAUCUUUUGGUGACAAAUUCAUUCGUCGGCAAAAUAGCUGCUCGAGCUUUACUGUAGAUAUCUACAAUCAGCGGUCGAAUUAAAAACAGUGCAGAAGGAUGUUUUGAGUAUGUUUUAGCUUCUAGCCGCGCAAUCAAUGCUUUUUUUCCAAGCAAGAUGUACUUCUGUUUGGAUCCUAUCGGCGGGGAAAAAAGUACUUACGGCGACGGUGACAAGAAAUAGCGCUGAUUACGAGAUUACCAGAUCCAGAAGAUCCGGAAGGGCUGUUACAAGUAAUUGGUUUUGCUAGAGCAAAAGGAGGUUGACAAUGAUUGCAACAGAUAUCUACAAUCAGCGGUCGAAUUAAAAACAGUGCAGAAGGAUGUUUUGAGUAUAUUUUACCUUCUAGCCGCGCAAUCAAUGCUUUUCUUUCCAAGCAAGUAGCGUUUUUCGGCAAAAGCAUGAAAUAGAAUCGUACGUGGUACGAAUUUAUCGGCACAAUCUGAUCAAGGACGGAGGCAUCAUCAAACGGAAACUACGCGAAAAACUUUCCGAAGAGAUAAAACUGCGCCGCAACACUCGUGUGAAAAUGGACGAGUUGGGCUGGGUGCUGAUGAACCACAAUUUGAUAACACGUAAUGAGCCAAUCCAACAGCAUGCCAAUGGUAAUCGACCAAAUAAUUUUAAAUUGAACAUGGAGCGGUUGCGAAACCUACUGGAGCAGCAAGAACAGAACAAUCACGCUGAGUUGACUUCCAAAAAGCAAAACAAAUCCCUGCGUAUGCUGGAUGCAAUUUUACAAAACGACAAAGUUUUGAAGGAAAUUAAAGAGAUGGUAGCGGCGAAUCGACUUCUAUCGGAAAUUCGUUAUGUGACUACGGUGGAACGUAUGCUGAAACACAAUUUGGACCCCUCUUUGCGCUGCUGCUUUGUAUGCCGAGAGUAUUUCCGCACUGCCGAUGAGUGUACCAGUCAUUUCGAAAAAUUGCACGGUGAGAAAUUUCUUAUUGUUGCGGCGGUGGAUCGAUUUCAGACUAGUCAAAAGUUCAACGUUCUACAUCACUACAAUGCCCUUAAUCCGGUGACAAUAUUCACGAUUUGCAACGUAUACCACACAGCCCUAAUAAAAAAAAAACAAGAAAAGACGGGUCUAAUAUUUUACAAUAAAGUCUACAAUCUACCACUUUCCACGAAAAUCGGAGAACCACUAUAUCGGUUAGACAUGGAAUGGCUGAUACAUAUAAGGCAGAAAAAAUGUUUAACUUUGGAAUUCAACAUCCUAUAUUUCCUCGUACCAUUAAGUUCAUGGCGCAUUUGAUGUCGGUCAUCGUAACUGCUUCUAUGGAAAUGACGUGAGCAGAAAAGUGUGGUAAACAAUGUCCGGGUUAUUUUUCGUUAUGAGAACCUUGUUUCCACAUCCUUUUACUGCACAAUAAUACGGCAUCUGAAGUAAAUAAAAUAUUCACAAUAUAAUUUUGGCAUGAUAGAGAACCGCGAGAUGAACAAUUAUCUGUGAAGGAGUUGGACAACAGAUUUCUUAGACUUAUAGCACUUUUAUCACACUCACAAGCUAAUCAAAUCCUCACUGUCCCCCAAAAAUAUUGAAUAAUAUAUAAUUUUUUUUCCCAAAAUAUAUAUUUUAUUAAGGCACGUAGCUUGACGGGGCCGGGAGUCCAAUAUUUUAACAAUUUUUGUCUUACAACUAUGUUAGUAAUAUGUAACCGAUUACUCGCGGUUGGCUCGAGGUUAGUAUUACAAAGAUCUCAUAAUUGGGAUGUUGCAGUCUCCAGUACUAUGUAUGUGUGGCCGACACGGGAUACUUCCUAUUGGAGUAUAACUGACCAUUGAUCAGCGACGCCCCCCUAGUCUGUACCUCAUAUCAAUCGUGGUGCGUCUCUCUUGACUCGAGGAAUCCAGGGUAGAAUGGUCACUGGACGGUACAAUCUUCAGCUCGUGUAGAGUUGCCAUGAGCGGUACAAUCUUUGGCUCUUGUUGAAUGAUCAGUGGCCUUCGACCUGUGUAUCUGUAAAGAGUAUGUGUAUGUUUAAUUACAUUACAU